AUGGCUUUUGAGAGGACAUGGGCAUACUUUACGAGGUGCGGAGAACUUGUGGUCAGAGGAGGUCUUGUCGUCGACGUGGUUGAUUUGCAUCCCUUCAAAUUUUCCAAAGUUAGCUCCGAGACCGAGAUAGAGGGCGGUUUGGGUAUCUCCCAAUGUGGUACACAAGGUCCACGUGUUAUGCUUUUAUUGGGUAGACGAGCUCGAUGUGUGCCGAGCGUCAAUAAGUUCCCCAACUCUCUAGGCAAGUCUCCUUGGGUGGGGAGUUUCCAUUGUCUCUAUCUGCCCAAUAAGAAUGUGUUCCAAACAGUCCGAUCAGUUGGCCUUGACGAGCGGUUCGAUUGGUUUGCCUUGACAACCUUGAUGAGUUAUUUUUGGAUCGAGUGGUCGGGUUAG